CCGCACGUCACUUCCGAGGCUGGAGACAAGAUGGCGCCCGGACGGUGCCGGCGCUGAGGCCGCUCCGCCGCCCGCGGGGCCCGGGGUUCAUGUAAUCAAAGGAGUUUCUUUGUUGUGUGUAUCUUUUCAGAACACAACAGGAAUUCAAAAUGAAUCAGAACACAACUGACUCCCCUGUUGCUGUGGAGACCUUGGAUGAUGUUCCUGAGCACGUGCUUAGGGGCCUUCCUGAGGACGUGAGGCUCUUCCCAUCUGCAGUUGACAAGACUCGGCUGGGCGUCUGGGCAACAAAGUCAAUUUUGAAAGGCAAGAAGUUUGGACCAUUUGUUGGUGACAAGAAAAAAAGAUCUCAAGUUAAGAGCAAUGUGUACAUGUGGGAGGUGUAUUACCCCAACCUGGGCUGGAUGUGUGUGGAUGCCACGGACCCAGAGAAGGGCAACUGGCUGCGCUACAUCAACUGGGCCCGCUCGGGGAAGGAGCAGAACCUCUUCCCUCUGGAGAUCAACAGGACCAUUUACUACAAGAGUUUAAAGCCAAUCGCGGCGGGAGAGGAGCUGUUGGUGUGGUACAAUGGCGAGGACGACCCGGCGAUAGCGGCCGCGAUCGAGGAGGAGCGAGCGAGCGCCCGCAGCCGCCGGCACUCCCCGAAGGCCCGCAGAGGAAAGAAGAAGACUCAGGAAGGUAAAAACAAGGGAAAGAAGGCAGCAGACACUAAACAGAAAAAGACUGAUUUGGAUUCUACUUCUGCAGAUAUGAGGGAUUCUAAAGAAGGUCAUAAAGAGGAAGAUGAAACACCUUCUGUUUCUGCUGUGCUUUCUGUGGAACAAACAGCUGUGAUUCAGGAAAUGGUAAAUCAAGAUGUACUUCCAAAGCUGAUGGUCCCCAGUCCAACCAACGAAACACAAGUGGUAACUGAAGACAAACAAGGAGAAGCAAUAAACUGUGCAUCAGAUGAUUUAGAUGAUGAUGAAGAGGAGGAUGAAGAAGAGGAAGAUGAAGAGGAGUUAGAAGAUGCCAAUAUGCCUAAAGAAAAUGCUGAAAUGCCUUUGAUAUGUGAAGAGAAGUUGGACUCCAUGGAAGAACAAAAGAGUACGUCAGAGGAAUCUCCAGAAAGCUCUCCAAAGAAAAAACUCGUGGUGAAAAUUCCAAAAGCAGAGGGGGAAUCCAAUGGUGAUGUUCAGGAAACAUUCAUGUUUCCUUGCCAGCAUUGUGAGAGGAAGUUUACAACAAAGCAAGGACUCGAGCGCCACAUGCACAUCCACAUAUCCACCCUGAGCCACGCGUUCAAGUGCCGCUACUGCGGGAAAGCCUUUGGCACUCAAAUCAACAGGCGCAGGCACGAGCGACGCCACGAGGCUGGGCCGAAAAGGAAACCAUUCCUGACACUGACAUCAUCACAACACUUGGAUAAUGUUGCUGAUAACCAGGUGAUUGUGGAUGAUGGUCUUAAAGAUGACCUGAGUGUUCCCAGUCUUGUGCAAGACUCUGUUGUCGUGGAUUCUGAGAAGGUUUCCCAGGAAAUGUCAAACUCCACGUUUGCUGAGGAAAAUAAGGAGCCCAAAGAAUUGCAUCCAUGCAAAUACUGCAAAAAGGUUUUUGGUACUCACACCAACAUGAGGAGACAUCAGCGCAGGGUUCACGAGCGUCAUCUUAUUCCCAAAGGUGUGAGAAGAAAAGGGUUCUUUACUGAAGAGCCACCUCUCCCAACAGAGCCAGCCCCAGCAGUCCAGAAUGUGUACAUAGCGAGCACAGAAAUAGAAGAGGAAGGUGAAGGAGAUGAUGUCUAUCUUAUGGAUAUAUCCAGCAAUAUCUCUGAGAAUUUAAAUUACUACAUUGAUGGUAAGAUUCAGUCCAACAGCAGCACUAGCAAUUGUGACGUGAUUCAGAUGGAGUCCAACUCUGCAGACUUGUAUGGAUUGAAUUGUAUAAUCAGUCCGGUCACAGUGGAAAUUUCCACAAAUCUAAAGGUUACACAAACACAUGUGAAUGAACCUCCUAAGGAACCCUCUGGCAGUGGGAGCAGUGAAUCCAAAAAGAGAAGAACUGCCAGCCCUCCUCUUGUACCAAAAAUAAAAACUGAAAUAGACCCAGAGCCUAUAACUCCUACUAGUUCUUUAAAUCUUCCUCUUAGCAUUUCAACAGAAAGCAUACCUUUUCAUAAAGAAAAAGGGGUUUAUUUGUCAUCAAAAUUAAAGCAGCUUCUUCAGACACAGGACAAUAAGAAGAUAACUCCAUCAAGUGAAAUCCCUAAAAUAGGACCUUCUGUUACAUCAUCGUCUGUUUUGCCUCCAGUAUCCAGCAGGUUUAAAAGAAGGACCAGCUCUCCUCCCAGUUCUCCACAGCACAGUCCAGUGCUUCGGGACUUUGUCAAAUCAGGUGAGGGAAAAACUGUGUGGAAUGAUAAUAUUCGGAGUUCAAAAAUGCCAAAGUUAGAAAGCCACAGCAACUCACCUGCUUGGAGCUUGGCUGGAAGGGAGGACAAAGAGACUUUGAGCCCUCAUUGCUUUGAAGAAUAUAAAAUAUCAAAAGACUGGACAGCAGCUCCAACUUUUGGCAAUGUGUGCAACCAGCAGCCACUGGAUUUAUCCAGCGGCAUGAAACAAAGGUCUGAUGUCAAAAGCAAGACUCAGGUUCCCUGGGAAUCCGUUCUAGAUCUAAGUGUGCAUAAGAAGCCUUGCAGCGAUGCUGAAAUUAGGGAAUACAAAGAAAAUUCCACACAUCCAACGUGUAGUGGCGUUAAGAAGAAGAAACCCACCACGUGCAUGCUGCAGAAGGUUCUGCUGAACGAGUACAACGGGACGGACGCAGCCGCAGAGAGCGCGCUGGGCGCGGGCAGCGCCAGCCCCGGCAGGGCCCCGGAGCCCCCGGCCGCGCCCGACGCCCAUCCCGCCCAAUCGGCCUCGUCUUCCACUGACACCCAGCCCCUCAGCUCCUCGGCUUCCCCUGUGCCACAGGCGCCCACUGCCCCUGCCGUGUGCCAGCUGCCUCCAUUGUUAACGCCCACCAACCCUCCCUCCCCGCCGCCCUGCCUGCCCGUGUUAACGGUGGCCACCUCACCGCCCCCGCUGCUCCCAACCAUGCCCUUGCCGAUUCCAGAUGUCUCUGCCAGUGCCACUAACACUUCCUCCUGUCCCUCGCCGCUCUCCAACACUACUACCCAGUCCCCACUACCAGUUCUUUCACCCACGGUUUCUCCUUCUCCAUCCCCUGUCCCUUCUGUUGAACCUCUUAUUUCUGCUGCUUCACCUGGCCCCCCUACACUGUCUUCCUCAUCUUCCUCCUCCUCUUCUUCCUCUUUCUCAUCCUCUUCCUCCUCAUCAUCUCCAUCUCCACCUCCUCUUUCUGUAGUUUCUUCUGUCGUUUCCUCUGCUGAUAACCUUGAAAGUUCUCUCCCAAUAAUAAAACAGGAAGAAGCUGAAAGCGAGCAGCAGAAAGCGAGAGAAGAACCUCAUACUUCAAGUGAAUCAGGAGUGGUGCAGGAAACGUUCAACAAGAGCUUUGUGUGCAAUGUCUGCGAAUCACCUUUUCUUUCCAUUAAAGACCUAACCAAGCAUUUAUCCAUUCAUGCUGAAGAAUGGCCCUUCAAAUGUGAAUUCUGUGUACAGCUUUUUAGGGAUAAAACAGACUUGUCAGAACAUCGCUUUCUGCUUCAUGGAGUAGGGAAUAUCUUUGUUUGUUCAGUGUGUAAAAAGGAAUUUGCUUUUUUGUGCAAUUUGCAACAGCAUCAACGGGAUCUCCAUCCAGACAAAGAGUGCACACAUCAUGAGUUUGAAAGUGGGACUUUGAGACCCCAGAAUUUUACUGACCCCAGUAAGGCGAACGCAGAGCACAUGCAGAACCUGCCAGAGGAUUCUUUGGAACCUUCAAAAGAGGAGGAAGAUGAAGAUCUAAAUGAUUCUUCUGAAGAGCUGUAUACUACUAUAAAAAUAAUGGCUUCUGGAGUGAAAUCUAAAGAUCCAGAUGUCCGUAUGGGCCUCAAUCAACACUACCCAAGCUUUAAACCACCUCCGUUCCAGUAUCACCAUCGUAAUCCCAUGGGUAUUGGAGUUACUGCAACAAACUUCACAACCCAUAAUAUCCCACAGACUUUUACUACUGCCAUUCGAUGCACAAAAUGUGGCAAAAGUGUUGAUAACAUGCCUGAGUUACACAAACACAUACUGGCCUGUGCAUCUGCUAGUGAUAAAAAGAGAUACACACCUAAAAAAAAUCCAGUACCCCUCAAACAGACAGUGCAGCCUAAGAAUGGCAUGGUGGUUAUUGCUGGGCCUGGGAAGAACGCCUUCAGACGAAUGGGUCAGCCUAAAAGACUCAAUUUCAAUGUGGAGAUAAGCAAAAUGUCCUCCAAUAAACUAAAAAUAAGUGCAUUGAAAAAGAAAAACCAGCUUGUACAGAAAGCUAUCCUGCAAAAAAAGAAAUCUGCCCAGCAGAAGGCAGAACUGAAAAAUAACCCAUCUGAGACAGACUCUCACAUCUGCCCCUACUGUAACAGAGAGUUCACUUACAUUGGGAGUUUGAACAAACACGCAUCAUACAGCUGCCCCAAAAAACCCAUCUCUCCCUCCUCCAAAAAGAAUUCUUCCAAAAAAAGUGCAGCUUCUUCACCUGCAAACAGCGACAAAGGCAGCAACCAGCGCAGGCGAACAGCGGAUGCAGAAAUCAAAAUGCAGAGCACUCAGCCUCACCUGGGCAAGACCAGAGCACGAACCUCAGGGCCUGCACAGCUCCAGCUCCCCUCUGCCUCCUUCAAGUCCAAACAAAACGUUAAAUUUGUACCUUCCAUGCGAUCCAAAAAGCCAAAUUCAUCUUCAUCCUUGAGGAACUCUAGUCCUGUAAGAGUGUCUAAAAUGUCCCAUGUUGAUGGGAAAAAAACUAAGGUGGUUUCUAAGAACAAUUCCUCUGGAAUCUCCAGCAAAGCGUCGCGGAAAUUGCACGUCAGAAUACAAAGGAAUAAUAAAGCUGUUUUGCCAAGUAAAUCUGCUGUGGCGAGUAAGAAAAAGGCAGACAGGUUCAGUGUAAAAUCUAGAGAGAGGAUUGGAGGACCAAUCACACGGAGCCUGCAGCAGGCAGCAAAUGCAGAAGCAGCAGAAAACAAAAGAGAUGAAAGCAGUACAAAGCAAGAACUGAAAGAUUUCAGGCUCCGCGUGGCCUCUAGAUGUCCCUCCUCCUCCUCGCAUAACCCCAGCAGCAGGCAGUGCAAGAAAUCCAGCUCCAGCACAUCCCACUUCAAGGAAUAGACGCUGGGCUUGUCUGACCAGAGCAGGUACCAGAAACUUCUGACUGGAAAAGGUGAGGUGAAGUAAUCCUCAAGCAUUUUCCUCUCCUGCUUUGCUCAGAUGAGGUGAGAUGGGCUCCUCAGCAGACAACAGGGACAGUAGCUUCUUCUGCUGCAAGUGAUGAUGUGCUCCUGUCUUCUCACCCUUCCUUCCAAGGGAGGGAGCACAGAGCAGGCUCCUGAUUUUCCAAAGGGUGAUGGACUGUGGAUGCUGGGCACAGGGUGGUCUCAGGGUCCCCCAGUGUGUGGAGAACAGCACGGAGAAGUGUUCAGGCAUCUGCAGCAAAGCACCCAUGCUCAGAGGGUGGGUGGGUCUGGAUGAGUCUCCUCUUUCUGGGAGAACACAGAGGGUUUAACAUACUAUGCAAUUAAAUUCUGAAAAGACUGUUACAUCCUUUUAGUUUCUGAUUUACAUCCUGACGGGUGAAGAACUGGGCAUGCCACAAAAAGCCCUGAAGGGAGUGGUGGGUUUCCUGAGGUUUCCACAUGUGAAGUCUGUGGGUACCCCAGUCUCUUGACUUUGUACCAUUAGCUUUAAGGGGCAGAUGUGUUGCUUUUGAAGUGCAUCAGCACACAUGGUUUUUGUUAAAUGAUCCCUGGGAAAUGCACUGAUAGCCCAGUUCCAUGAAGGGACAAACAUCCAUUUCUCAAAAGUUGCCAUAACUUGUGUUGCCAUUCUGGUACUGUUUAGAGCCAGGAUUUAUUUAUUUAAGGACAGUAUCAAACACAGGUGUUGCUGUGCAGUAUCAGGCCAGACUUGUCCUUAAAUACAAUAUUUGUCCUUAAAUAGAGCACCUGUGUUUGUGUCUCUAGAUGUGUUUGUUUUCAGGGGUGCUGUCAGAGGCCAUCCCUGAGGACAGCCAGUAAAGACUGAUUCCAGAAUCACACAGGUCAGCUGAUAAAAUGCAGUGCAGAAAGGUCUCUUACCUCUUUCCUGUCCCCAGAUGGGGUCAGUCACACCCAGCUACAUCCUCUGCCAGUUCUGGGCAGAACUUCUGCCCCGUUCACCCAUGGGGUGAAGGGUUCCUUCUGCCAACAUGUGAUUUUCCAUGAUCCCUGCUAACAUAGCAUCCAGGUUUGGAACUUUUUAAGGAGGCCAAAGGGGUUCUUGUUUCUCAUUCUUGUUUCAGUCAAUUUAUUCCUGUCCUUGACUUUGCACUCCACACAGAUAAGCACAGAUCUGUGUAUGCACACAUUAGUUAGGAAGAAACAAGUGCCCAGCUGAUAUUCCUCCCCACCACCCUGAAAAAGUCAAAGAAAGGAUCAAUUUUAUAUAUAUAUCUUCAUAUAUAUAUAUCUUCAUAUAUAUAAUAUAUAUGACAGAUAAAAAUAUAUAUGUAUGGAAUUGCUGAAAACAGUUAAUUUUGUAUAGUUUUGAUGAAAAUCAAAUAAUUCAAAAUGAAUAGAAAAGCUUUAUAGGAGAAACAUGGUUCACCAUAAAAAUGUUUUAGGUGGGUGUUGUUUGAGUUGGAAAGAAAAGGUUUUCAGGAUCUUGUAUUAUCUCACUACAGAUUUUUUUGAUAAACCCCUCUUGGAGGCUUUCUAAGUGCAAUUGUGGUUUGGGGGAAGGCUGAGAACUGGAUGAGCCAUAAAAAUCUUCAUCCCCUUCCAUGCUGGAAGUGAUGCUUCCAGUCCAAGACUGUGAGACCAGCAAGAUCCUUGUGCCAUUGCUGGCUGAUCUGUCUCAUUUCUGGGGUGGAGGCUCUCUAGGGUUUGUUCCCUUUGGAGUUUUUAUCUAGCAGUAGUAUCUUCUAAAAAGAGAUGUACUAAUUGCAAACAAAGGCUGGGAUUUUUCACAGCAGCCUUUGAAGACUGAGAAUCUCAUUAGUCAAACUAGUUGGAAGGGAGCAUCCAGAUCUGCUAGGCAGCUUGGUAAAUUUUGGUCAAAUAGCACAAAACAUUAAGUUUCCUGGCCUUAUGUCUAUGUCCAAGCAGCUGGUGUGCACACACAGCUCUCUGAUCAGCUUGUCUCACUUUGGUUUUGCACGUUACCUUUUUAUUUUCUCUCCACAUUUUGUCCUUUCUCUCAUCAUGCAAUUUUAGUAUGGUAAACCCUGUUCUUCCAAACAGCAGUGCUCUUCCUGUGUGUCUGGAGAGUACCUAAAUCACUUGAAAGAUGAGUAUAAAGUGCUAAUAAACCCAAUAUACUCUGACUUAAAGCACCAGUAUUAUUAGUGAUUGAUUGAUUGUGAUUGAUUUUCCAGUGCAGUUUUGUAGGACACCUUGUCAAAGAUCACAGUUACCUUAUAAAUUAUCACUGGUCACUUGAGGAUUGUUGCUGAGGAAGAGUUUUCUUGCCAUAUAGCCCAAAUACUGCUUUAAACAAUCCAUUCUCCUCAGACCCUCUCAAAUUCCAGUCAGUUAAAUUAAGUGUGGAGCUCUGGCAUGGAUGCUGCCCAGUUUAGUGCCUUUAAGGCAUCCCUGUGAGGUUACUAGAGGUCACUUCUGUGCAAUUUAUUUUUGCUGCCUUUUUUAGAGUGUUAUCAACUAUAAAAACUGACAUUCUCAAGGAGAGAAUUGUGUACAUUGUUGUGAUAUAGGAACGUUUUUCCCAGAGAAAUUCUGGUUUAUCACACAAGCCUGUAAAUAUGUAUUUACAAUUUUAAAAGCACGUCUUUAUGUCCCUGAUUGUAAAUGCUCUGUUUUUAAAGUUUUAUAACAUGUGACUCAACCAAGAGACCACAGCACACAGCUUUAUAUUGUACUGCUCUGUUUGAAGGGUCCAUUACAGUCUAAGCUGUAGCAGAAAAAUAUCCAUGUCACCAACAAGAAAUAACCCAUGGUUGCACCAGACUUCAUCAUUUUUCCUCAGAUAAAAAUGCAGUUUUUCUGGGAGGGGGGUGGGGGGAUGAUUUUUUCUUGCAGAAAAAAAGCAUCAGUUCAAAAUGAUGUCAUUUCUCUGGACCAGUGAGGAGAUUUCAUUCACAGUGAAUUCAGGAAAAGUAUGUCAUCUUUUCCCAAGGCAGAAUUUCACAGUUUUGCAGCAAAUUUUUAACCUCCCCCGUGCCUGCUGAUGAAACGUGAAAUUUUGCCCGUGACCAAUAUCACAAGCUCUUGUGAAAAUUCAAGGAGAGGGUGGGGAAAAAACUCAGGUUUUGCAUGUAGAAUUUGCAAGGACAACACUGGCAGCUCUGCAGUGCUCUCAUGGCAAUGCUGAUACUGAGAAGUUGAUUGAAAAUAAACUGUGUGGAGAUGUGGUGGGACCUGGUUUGUGCUUGGGCUCUGAAUUGCCCUGGAGGACUGAAAGCUCUGUUGUCUGUCUGCCAUGUAAAGAAAAAAGAACAACAAUAAAUUAAUGUGAAAAACUG